CGUGAGUGCCUCUCACCAUCUCACUCCGCCAACGUCUCUUCUCCUUCGAACAGCUUCCUCCAGCUGAAUACUCUCGACCGCCAUCAUGAAGGUCUUAGCUAUGUUGAUGCUUGCCGCUGCUGUCUUCAGUGCUCCUUCACCCCAGGGUGUCCAAUCAGAUGGCCCCUUUCCGAUUAUUCCCUACGAAUUUGCCUUCGAAGUCGCCGACCCCCCAACCAACAACUACCAGAACAGAGCGGAGAUCAAACUCCCCAACGGCGACGUCUUCGGUUCCUGGUCUCUCUUACGCCCUGACGGAAACAUCCAGACCGUUACCUACAAUGUCACUGGAAACCUAGGCUUCCAGUACUCUAUAGUCCUCACGCCAACUGGACAAGUAGCAGCGUAAACCCAGUAGGCCGAACCACCGUAAAAAUUAUUCUCAAAGGUAAAAAUCCCCAAAUCCCUGCAAUAUUCUUGAGUAUUGCCAGUUUAUCUUCGCUGGGUACAACUGAAAUGUUAUAAAAAUGGAGUCUAAUUAAGGCUGCGAGGGAAUAUUUGUUUAACGCGUAGUACCAUAAAUUGGCUUCUUUAAUCGAGUUCAUUUAAUUUGAUUGGAAUAAACGGGCUUCAUCUUUGGCCGAGAACAGAUUUCUGUACAAGGAGCCUAGCACCAUCGUAAUGAUACCUUCAUGCCGAAUUCGACUGUGGAUUAGGAGACAUGGAAAAGAAAACAUCUUUGGAAACUGGAAAAACUUCGCGGAUGGGCCGUUCGAAAACUUUGCCAGUCUGAGCGAGUCUUGGCCUGACACCGAGUCAUAAAUUCCUGCAAUGCACCCGUCCUUCAUUUCCGGUUUUCUCAGUUGAAGCGAGACAUCCCUUUGAAAUAUAUCGGACAUAGCGUCUGAUUCAUACUUGUUAAGUUAGUUGUCAUUUCAUGAUUCAUUUUCUUUGCAUCUUACUCCAGGAGGUAAGAGUCCUGGUUGACUCUCCUCUUUCAUCUUCAUAAUUCUUGUCUGUUUAUCAAAGAUAUUGACAUGUUAUUGUUAUUGUAACAACGGGCCUAUUGUUUUCAAUACAAAUAUAUCACAUCUGUGUC